UCCAAUCACACUCUUUUUGUCUCACUCAUAUCAGCAGCGUGCAAUACACGCGCUUCGAGGAAAUUUUGAAAAUGGCGGACGGAAUUCGAUUCUUCGAAUUGAACACCGGAGCUAAGAUACCCUCGGUGGGGUUCGGCACGUGGCAGGCUGACCCUGGCCUCGUCGGCGAAGCCAUCGCCACCGCCAUCAAGGUCGGAUAUCGGCAUAUUGACUGUGCUAAACUGUACGGUAAUGAAAAGGAGAUUGGGUAUGCGUUGAAGAAGCUGUUUGAGGAUGGUGUAGUGAAGCGUGAGGACUUAUGGAUCACCUCCAAACUCUGGUGUACUGAUCACGAGCAAGAAGAUGUACCAAAGGCAUUGGACAAAACCUUGCAGGACUUGCAACUUGACUAUUUAGAUCUGUAUCUCAUCCACUGGCCGGUUAGCAUGAAGAAGGGAUCAGUUGACUUUAAGCCUGAAAAUCUUACCCAACCUGACAUACCAAGUACAUGGAAAGCAAUGGAGGCGCUCUAUGAUUCUGGAAAGGCUCGAGCUAUUGGAGUAAGCAAUUUCUCUGCAAAGAAGCUUGGGGAUCUGUUGGAGGUAGCACGUGUGCCUCCUGCUGUUAACCAAGUGGAGUGCCACCCUUCCUGGCAGCAGCCGAAACUACAUGCAUUUUGUAAAUCUAAAGGGGUCCACUUAUCUGGGCAUUCACCAUUUGGUUCCCCUAGUACAUGGAAGUUCAAGUGCGAUAUUCUUGAGAAUCCAAUUGUCAAUAUGGUUGCAGAGAAAUUGGGGAAGACUCCUGCACAAGUGGCUCUUCGUUGGGGGCUGGAAAUGGGUCACAGUGUACUGCCUAAGAGCACAAAUGAGGCAAGAAUUAAGGAAAAUUUUGAUGUGUUUGACUGGUCUAUACCUGAAGAUUUGUUUGCCAAGUUCUCUGAAAUUGAGCAGGAGAGGCUAAUUAAGGGUACUCCAUAUUUUGUUCAUGAGACCUUUGGUGCCUACAAAACCUUAGAAGAACUCUGGGAUGGCGAUCUGUGAGCAGACACCGAAUUUAUGAAACAUUGUGGUUUCUCUUGUCCUGUUUGAUCACAAAUUACUUUAUUUUCAAUCCUUCUCACCUGGUAGUGACGGUAGUCAUGGAUUGAGUUGUUUCUGCUUUAGAAAUUUUAGUAAAUAAAAGAACACAGCAGCUUAUCAUUCACAUGAUGUUUCUAAAAUCACUGAUGUAAAAAACAAUUGAGUAAUGCCAUUAUAGAAUGAUUGUUGUGGUUGGGAUUAGUUGUAUUUGUGACUAAUAAAGGAGUAAACCUAUGUCAAGAAGUAACACUUUAAAUCCA